UUUUUUAGGCAUAAGUGAUGACACGAUGACUAAGACCCAAGGUCUUUUUCACUCUCACUGCAACCACCAUCAUGUCUGAGCUUGACGCUGACCUUUAUGGCGAUCUCUACGGCAACGAUGAGUCUGAAUUUCCAACUUCAGCAGAAAACGGCGACCAAUCUAAAGCGGAAGAGUCUGUUCUGCCGGAAGCGCCCUCUCAAGUACCUGCUGCUUCCACCAUAAAGGCUCCCCUGCCACAAUCAAAACAGCCUUCACCGGUCGUGCCGGCCGCCUCCAUCAAAGCACCUAUAACGGAGACCUAUCCAGUACAGACUUACGAAGAAUACGCAUCAACUACCGCUCAAUCAGGACCUCCUGCCUAUACUGCUCCCGCUACGCAGCAAAUUCCGACUUAUCAACAACCUCAGUCCGACUAUGCAGCAGACAUGGGCCAACAUGAAGGUGUGGGUAGUUAUGACCGUCAACAUAGCCACGAGAGAAGUGUGCGGCCCUCAGAGAUGAAAGACGAAGGUUGCUCGGUCAUCGUCACGCUAGCUACUCAGCUAUGUCGACUAGGACGACUAGUCUAGCUCUAGCAUAUUCGCGUUCUCUACGUCCAGUCUAAGCUAGGCUAGCCAUAACGCGAACAGACAGUAGCGUCUUCCCUUUUCUCCUCUGUCAUAAC